GAAAUAAUCGAGUAAAUAGAAGCAUCGACGCUAAACUCAAAUAUUGUGUCAAAUUAUAAAAAUUAAUGUAAAAACAAGAAUGGAGCAGUAUAAAUUAAUAAACGCUCAGCUGAUGAAUCAGAUACAAAAUCAGCGACUAAUAAUUAGCCAAAUGCAUAAAGAGGAAGUUAUACUCAAAAGGAAUUGGAUGGAGGAGCGCGAAAGACGCUUAGCCGACGCUCAGUUCAACGAAAAUAAAUUAAAAUGCGCCCUUAGGACUCUUCUGAACUCCUUAGACAUCAAUUUGGACUUUGUGGUCAGUUCUUCUUCAAGCUCGCGAACUUCACAGGCAUCCGAAAUAGAAAGCAGAAGCUCCAACAGCCAAAGAAUCACCACAGAAUUUCGGCGUUCCAGCAUUUUAUUGCAAAAUUCGGUGCCAAUUUCACCCAGCAAUGUGAAUCGCAGGGAAAGUAUCAGAAAAAGCUCGGUUAAUCAACUAGCUGAAUGUUCCGGCGAGGUUACAAAUAAUCCGAGCGGUGUAGAAGAAGAGCCAACCAUCCCAAUAACUCCUGAACCGCGGCGUUUAAAUCAACUGCAGGUAUAUUCAACUUCACCAAGUUCUCCAGAAACAGAAAAUGCACCGGAAGAGGAUCAGACGCUUAGGUCACCUGCCAUGUCCAGCGGUUAUAUAUAUUCCAUAACCGAAGAAACCGAAAGCGAGAACACCACUUCGUCCUCAACCAUUGAGUUUGUUGAGCCUGAGCAGAAACUUGCAACCACCAUCCCCGAACAGCCAUCAUCAUCAUCUUCACAGAUGCCUUUGUGCGACGUGACAAAUACAUCAGCUAGGGUAAUUUCCACUACAAAGAUAACAAAAUCGCGUGGUAAAUCAAAAUUGGAUGCUGAAAACGAUAGCCAAGAGGCAACAAUAAGACGUGGUCCACAGCAAAGUUCACCCGCGAGACAGGAAUCGUCGCGGAAUAGCCAAAAAAAGAGAACAGUACAUAAGAAAUUUGAUAAAUCAAUUGACUGCGAAAAUGUGGAGCCAAGCAUUCAGCAAGUGAGACAUGCUCCUGAACAAAGCUCUCCCAUUCAUCUGACUUUACCGGGUAACUCUUUGAAUGCGGGACCUGAUUAUUCGCCACGCUCAAGCCAGUUGAAUUUCGAAAAUUUCAAUGGCAUUAUCUACAGACCCGGUAAUUGCAGCACUCCUCGCCAGGAACAAGACACAACAGCUACCAAUCGCAAGGCAGGAUGGAAGCGCACAAAAAGCACUGUCAACAGUGCUCGGGAAAGUAAAGAAUAUACCAGCAACGAGUCCACUCUGACUGGUCGUCCCAGCCGGAGUUGUCGUCCAAAGUCGCUUAAGGAACCCAGCGCGAAAAGUAAACUACGAAAUGAGUCAGCAGCCAAGUAGUAGUUGGAUUUAUAUUUAAUAUUCGAUUCGUCAUCAAUCAUUUAAACACAGUUUUUAAGCUUAGUAAUUCAUAAAGCAUCUAAAAAUUUCAAUUGUUUACGCUUAAGUGUAGCUUAAAAUUAUUGAAAAUAUCUUUCAAAUUCGAAUGGAGAAGAUUUAUAUAAUUCUGUCUCAAAAAUAAUAAAAUAUUCAAAUGCAUCAUUUACAACACAUGGUGUAUUAUAUAUUUUAUUUUAAGCAUCAAAAUUUAAUGAAUACUUGAUAUUUUAAUUAUUUCAAAUUCUUAGUAAAGAGUUAACUAGAUGUCUAAUUUUACUUUCUGCUUAAUAACAUUAUAUCCAAUUUAUUAAACUAGCUAUAAAACAUUGUUAAUAA